GAUUAACUUCUGUCAUUUCCAUUAGUACGAGAUUCAGUCUGGUUUAAUCGAAGCGACUGAUUCAUGCUAGUUUGCUUCGAUUUUACAUUCAAUCUUCGGUGAAUUGAAGUUCGAUGGUUGGCUCCAGAAUCUUGAUAAAUCAUGGUUACAGCUAGUUUCCAUUGAAUCUCCAUUGUUGCACCGAAAGCAUGUUCCAACAGUUCGUUCAUCGUUCCAACAAUACCGUGGCAACUGUUGCCCGCUGUUUUGCUCUCCCGGCGAAAACCCAGUCGUUGUUCUUCUAUUCUUCAUCGCAACAACAAACGCAGCUGCAAAAUCCAGAACCUUCAAAAUCUGAUUCCAAAUCCCCAAUUGGGUCUCCAUCUAGAGUGCAGAAACUCAUCGCCUCCCAAUCAGAUCCCCUCCUCGCCAAAGAAAUCUUCGAUUACGCUUCUCAACAACCCAAUUUUCGACACUCCUACUCUUCCUACCUCGUUCUUAUCCUCAAACUUGGCCGCUCCAAGCACUUCUCCCUCAUCGACGACCUCCUCCUCCGUCUCAAAUCCGAACGCUACCCUGUAACCCCAACUCUUUUCUCCUACCUCAUUAAGGUAUAUGCCAAUGCGGAUUUGCCCGAUAAAGCUAUCAAAACCUUCUACACGAUGCUCGAGUUCAAUUGCAAGCCUUUACCCAAACACCUUAACCGCAUUCUUGAAUUUCUUGUUUCUCACCGGAGCUAUCUCCGGCCAGCGUUCGAUCUAUUCAGGAUUGCUCAUAAAUACGGUGUUUCGCCGGAUACUAAAUCUUAUAACAUUAUGAUGCGGGCUUUUUGUCUGAACGGGGAUCUCAGUAUUGCCUACCAACUGUUCAAUCAAAUGUUUAAGAGAGAUGUUCUACCGGAUGUGGAGUCGUAUCGGUUGUUAAUGCAGGGGUUAUGCAGGAAGAGUCAAGUUAAUAAGGCUGUAGAUUUGUUGGAGGAUAUGUUGAACAAAGGCUUUGUCCCGGAUACAUUGAAUUACACAACUUUGUUGAACAGUUUAUGCAGGAAGAAGAAGCUAAGAGAGGCAUAUAAGCUUCUUUGUAGAAUGAAAGUGAGAGGGUGCAAUCCAGAUAUUGUUCAUUACAAUACAGUGAUAUUGGGUUUCUGCAGGGAAGGGCGUGCAAUGGAUGCUUGUAAGGUUCUCCAUGAUAUGCCUUCAAAUGGGUGCUUGCCAAAUCUGGUCUCGUACCGGACUCUGGUCACCGGACUAUGUGAUCAAGGAAUGUUUGAUGAGGCAAAGAAGUAUAUGGAGGAAAUGAUGUCAAAAGGGUUUUCACCACAUUUUUCUGUUUCUCAUGGUUUGAUGAAGGGAUUCUGUAAUGUUGGCAAGGUUGAGGAAGCAUGUGGAGUGCUGGAUGAACUGCUUAGGUUUGGGGAAGCUCCACAUCUGAAUACUUGGGUGAUCGUAAUACCUAGGAUUUGUGAAGUGGAUGAAGAGAAAAUGGAGGAAGUUAUGAAGAAGGUCAUGAAGGUAGAAAUAAAGAGUGACACAAGAAUAGUGGAGGCUGGUAUUGGUUUAGAACAGUACCUUAUACAGAAGAUACGAUCUACAUCAAGGAGAUCAACCAGAGCGGAGGAAGACGAAUCGACAGUUACGGCCACCCCAUCCUCCUCCAUAAAAUUUGGGACGGCGGAGGCUUUGGAGCACGUGCGUAGCCUGACAGACGUGGGCGCUAUGACGCGGCUGCUCCAUGAGUGCAUAGCUUACCAGCGGGGGCUGGACCUGGAACUGGACAACCUCUUGGCCCAACGUAGUGACCUCGAUAAGCACCUUCUCCACCUCCAAAGAUCUGCUGAAGUUCUCGAAAUUGUGAAGGCCGAAUCGGACCACAUGGUCUCUAAUGUCCGCUCCACCUCCGACCUUGCCGACAGCGUCAGUGCCAAGGUCCGUGAGCUAGACCUUGCCCAAUCCCGGGUCAACUCCACUCUCUCCCGCAUAGACGCCAUCGUUGAGCGAGGCAGCUGUCUCGACGGCGUAAGGAAUGCUCUGGAUUCCCAAGACUAUGAAUCUGCAGCUAAGUAUGUGCAGACUUUUCUUCAGAUUGAUGCCAAGUACAAGGACUCUACGUCAGAUCAGAGGGAGCAGCUCCUCGCUUGUAAGAAACAGUUGGAAGGGAUCGUCAGAAAGCAGCUCUCUGCCGCAGUGGAUCAAAGGGAUCACCCGACGAUUCUACGAUUCAUUCGCCUGUAUCAGCCUUUGGGUUUGGAGGAGGAGGGAUUGCAGGUCUAUGUUGGGUAUUUGAAGAAGGUGAUCGCAAUGAGAUCUAGGCUCGAGUUUGAAAAUCUUGUGGAGUUGAUGGACCAAAGUCAUAACCAGAGUCAGGUAAACUUUGUUGGGUGCUUGACUAAUUUAUUUAAGGACAUUGUCCUGGCUAUUGAAGAAAAUGACGAAAUUUUGAGGAGUCUUUGCGGUGAGGAUGGGAUUGUAUAUGCUAUAUGCGAGCUUCAGGAGGAGUGUGAUUCGCGGGGCUCUUUGAUCUUGAGGAAGUACAUGGAUUAUAGGAGAUUGGCUAAAUUAUCUUCUGAGAUUAAUGCUCAGAACCAGAAUUUACUUGCUGUUGGUGCACCUGAAGGACCAGACCCAAGAGAUGUUGAAAUGUAUUUGGAGGAAAUACUGUCAUUGAUGCAACUUGGUGAGGACUACACAGAGUUUGUGAUUUCAAAAAUCAAAGGAUUGACUUCAGUUGAUCCAGAGUUAGUCCCACGAGCUACAAAAGCCUUUAGGAGUGGAAGCUUUAGUAAAGUUGGUCAAGAUAUCACAGGGUUCUAUGUGAUCUUGGAAGGAUUCUUUAUGGUGGAGAAUGUGAGGAAAGCUAUUCGGAUUGAUGAGCCUGUGCCUGACAGCCUUACAACUUCCAUGGUGGACGAUGUUUUUUAUGUUUUGCAGAGUUGCUUAAGAAGGGCAAUCUCCACCUCUAAUAUUAGCUCUGUGAUUGCUGUACUAAGUGGUGCAAGUAGUUUGUUGAGCAAUGAAUACCAGGACGCUUUGCAACAGAAAAUGAGAGAGCCAAACCUUGGGGCAAAGCUAUUCUUGGGUGGUGUUGGAGUGGAAAAGACUGGGACAGAGAUUGCAACAGCUUUGAACAAUAUGGAUGUGAGUAGUGAGUAUGUCCUGAAGCUCAAACAUGAGAUUGAAGAGCAGUGUGCGGAGGUAUUCCGUGCUCCGGCGGAUCGGGAAAAAGUGAAAUCUUGCUUGUCCGAGUUGGGUGAUAUGAGUAAUAAUUUCAAGCAAACAUUAAAUGCUGGCAUGGAGCAACUUGUGGCGACUGUGGCACCCCGGAUUCGUCCAGUGUUAGAUGGCGUGGCAACGAUCAGCUAUGAGCUAUCAGAGGCUGAAUAUGCUGAUAAUGAGGUUAAUGACCCAUGGGUCCAGAGGCUUCUGCAUUCUGUUGAGACUAAUGCAACAUGGCUCCAACCACUAAUGACUGCCAACAACUACGACUUAUUUAUACAUUUAAUAAUUGACUUCAUCGUAAAGAGGCUUGAAGUGAUCAUGAUGCAGAAAAGAUUCAGUCAGCUGGGAGGUCUUCAGCUUGACAGAGAUGCAAGGGCUCUGGUUAGCCAUUUCUCCAGCAUUACGCAGAGGACUGUGAGAGAUAAGUUUGCGCGUCUGACUCAGAUGGCAACCAUCCUCAACUUAGAAAAGGUGUCGGAGAUUCUAGAUUUCUGGGGUGAGAAUUCAGGACCUAUGACCUGGAGACUAACCCCUGCUGAGGUUAGGCGAGUGUUGGGUCUAAGGGUUGAUUUUAAACCUGAAGCAAUUGCUGCUCUGAAGUUGUAACCCUUAUCUGGGUGACUGGGUAGUUAAGUACUGCAAAACAAUCUCAUUUGCUAUAGUUUUUCUCUUUUCUUUCUUCCCUAUUGUUGAUGAUGAAAAGAUCCAAGUAUAAGAGAGUCCUCCCCUCCCUAGCACUCUUUCGACAUUCGCGUACUCGUCGCUCUGCUCGUCGAAAAUGUUGUAUCUUUGUUCUCAUUGCCCUCAAUUUUGCUUCUGGAAUUUAAAAGCUUCUAUUGUCUCCUA